AAGUGUGAACAUCACUACUCAUCCUCAGUCGUAUGUGGUAGAAAUCGAAAGUUAGCGAGGAAAGUGCAUGUGCAUACAUGUACGAAAAUUCUCGCUUUUCUUAACAUAGUACUGUGUUCGCUCAACCAAAUCUGUCAUAAUUAAUUACAUAUAAUCUCCAUAACUACAGCAAAGACAUAGUUUCCAAAAAAUAGGAAUCGAGCGGGAUUUAAAAAAUUUCAAUAAUGAUCCAAAAACAUAAUGCAGCUAUAUUGCAAAAAUUUAGAGUGGGAUAAGUGGUUUGGUGGUGAAAGCAAAAGUGAGUGGAUACCAAAAACACGUGGAAUAGUUUGGAAAGACGAGGAAGUCAUUUAUGUAAUACACACAUGAUACCUGACCAACAUGGAAGAUUAUUUCAUGGUUAUAGUAAGGAACUAAAACCAUGUGGUAGUAAAUAGCUCCUGAAGAUUUAAAUAAUAUUUAAGUAAUAACAAUGAGUAUAUUACAACUUAUUUGAAUUAACUUGACAUAAUAAUCUAAUUGCGUCCCUGUCUCUGGGAAAAGCUAAUUUCUAAAGGUGUCCAAAUAAUUUUGCUACUGAAAAAUAUGUUGCCGACAAGAAAUAAAUUUCCAUCCCUCUUCAUCUUACUUUUCUUCGCAACUGGAGAAAGUGGUGGUGGAAUUUACCAAAACGAUCUCAUACCACCGUCCUUACUGGAGUCCCCAGAAUCAGGACUGAUGGUUCCGUCCGAUAGAUUUCUGAGCUGUCAUUUCAAUACGCUCUGCUACUGCAAGUAUAUUCAGCAGAGCACUGAAAUUCAUGAGAUCCUGCUAACCCUUUGGCACCACUCGUCCUUCAACGAGACCCAUUUUCUCAAAACGAUUCAGAAAGAGUACAAUUUACCUCCGAAUCCAAAGAAUGAUAGCCAACCCCAGCCGCAACAACACGUCAAUCAACAGUAUCUGCGUGGCCAAGUCGACAUUUAUCAAAUAAUCCACAAUAUUGUGAACUCGUCCACGUCAAGCAAUGUCAAGUUUGAUCCGGGACCAUUAUAUGAAUUUUUCUGUGUAAAUGCUCCUCUCGCUGUGAUUCCCACUGAUUACAAUGCCCACGGAAUUAUAUCCCACAUAACUGUGGCCGGCUCUAAGCUAAGUCUUCUGGAUGGGUCUGCAUUUGCCGGACUGGAAAUUCAAAAUCUUCAAUUGAACAAAAAUGAGCUCUAUUUAAUCUCAGAGUAUGCUUUCAGUUCCAUGGGAAAUUCUUUAACCGUGUUGGAUUUGUCUGCAAAUUUACUGGAUGAAAUUCCAUUCGCUUCCUUUAAGACACUUAAGUUACUAGAGUGGCUCAAUCUCAGCAACAACAAGAUCCGGACAUUGGACGGUGACUGGUUUGCACUGACCUCGUCUUUACGUCAACUGACGUUAUCUGGAAAUUCUAUCGGGAGAGUUCCUCCUAAAUUAUUUCCUACCUUCCAUCGCUUGAUUUGGCUUGACCUGAGUUCUAACUUCAUCCGAAAUGUUAGCCAGCACAAUCUCCCUCCAAACAUUCAGACGCUGAUUAUGAUGAAAAAUCCUAUUUCGGACUUUCCUCUGGGAAUAUUUGCACUCAGAUCAUUGUCCUGGAUCGUUUUCUCCGGUUGUGGGAUUGAAACGGUUCCGUCUGAAUAUCCGCGAGGAACUGCAGCCGCACAGAUAAAUCAGUUGGACAUUACGCAAAACCUUAUUCAGCAUUGGCCAAGUCGCCCGUUUGCAAGUCAACUUAAGAUUUUGGAUUUGGACGUGAGCAAAAAUUACAUUGCGAGUUUGCCACCCGGUGCUUUCCACUCGAUGAACGCAUUUAGAAUUUCACUUGGUCACAACCGUCUUGCAACUAUUGACCCGAUGGCAUUCGACACGUUGAGUCCAACUUUGCAGUAUCUGAAUCUGGAUAAUAAUAGGCUGGAGGGUGUGCCCUGGGAGGAGAUUGCCAAUCUCACCUCGCUCAAACAUCUCUACUUGGGAAACAACCUGAUUAGAGAUGAAUCACUGGAGAAACACAAGGAGAUGGAAUUUGACUGCAGCAAUUUGCAAUACUUGGGUCUAAAUGGGAACAGUCUUACUCGACUUCCUCGUCGUAUUCUAAAUUCCUGUAUUUCCCUAAUCCAUCUAAAUUUGGGUUACAACCAAAUCGGGGAUUUGGACGAAAUUGCGAUUCGAAAAUUCAAAACGCUGUCAACACUAAUCCUACGCAACAAUCCGAUCCACUCGUUAUCAUUCGAAAGCAAUAAGGUGCAUAAUCUUCAUGGGAACAAUAAUAAUGCAUAUCCAACUUUGCCAUCUGUAUCGAUCCUCAAUCCAAACGAGCUCGGACACCAAUUUCACCCAACAUUGGAUAAAAUUCCAAACGUAUUUCGACCAGAAUCGUUUCCUCGCCUGUUUGAGCUUUCUCUCUCAUUUUGCGAGCUGACUGGAGAAAUACCUGCGUUCCCUGCACUGCCACUGACCAAUCUGGACAUAAGUGGUGGACUCAAAAGUGCGACAUCCAUUAAUUCCGAGUCUUUCCAAGCUCUGAGACAACUCGAGUGGAUUUCCCUGGAUCACAACCAAUUGGGCAAUGUCAGCGAGUACACAUUUUACUCGAAUAAGAAUAUAACUUAUGUCAAUCUGGAAUUCAACCGGAUCUCGGUCCUUCCAAGACAAAUUUUCCAUCCUGACAUUCACCACUCGAUGCGAGAACUUCGACUUUCACAUAAUAAGAUUCAGACUCUUGGAUCGGAUUCCUUUCUUUCCUUCCCCGUGGGCAAUUUUGACACAUCUUUUCAGACCAAUAUUGACUUGAGUUACAACACAAUCCACACCAUUGAACGACACGCUUUCACAGUUCCUCCCCCGUCACCUUUAUCUCUCGCAACGUCCGCCACUAAUUCCCAGAGAUUCUCAAAAUCCGAAGGACUCAACUUGUACUUGAGACACAAUCAAAUCUCUCUCAUUCAAACGGGUGCUUUCUCACAGGAUAAAUUUGCCUUGAUUGACGUUGCCUUCAAUAUGCUCACAUAUUUUAAUUUCGAUGCAUUCGGGAGGAGGAGUCUCGUCGGGGGUGUGAACAUUAGUCACAAUUCGAUCGAGAAAAUAAACGGAAACAAUGGGAGAAAGUUGCUCAUCAAAUUUCUGGAUGCAUCCCACAACAAAUUGACAUAUGAUGGGGUCAAAAUUCGUAAUGUGUGUCCAAGAGAAUUGCUGGAUCUCAGUUUCAACAGGAUUGAACGCGUGGAUGGAGACCUGUUUCCGUCCAAUUGUUCAAUUAAGGUAGUGCAUUUAAAUGGUAACAGGAUUGCCGUGUUGGACCCGGACUCUUUUUCACAGCUCAAAGACUUGACGUCCCUUCACUUGAAUUCAAAUUCGAUCUCUUACGUACCCGAGAUAUUAUUUAUUCGCAACCAUAAACUGACGUAUUUGGAUUUUUCGAACAACAAAAUUCGUUCCCUGCCAAGAGAUUCGCUUGUCGGAAGUAAUAUUGAAAUUAUUAUCUUGUCUUCAAAUCAAUUCGUCUCCUUGCCCGUCGGAGCAUUAGCCCAGAUCUCUCGCCGACUAAAAAGACUCGAUAUUUCUGAAAAUUUCUUGGAACACCUGGAUAGCACAAUGUUUGAAUCUAUACCGGGUUUGGUCCAUUUAAACCUGUCCUCAAACAGACUGUCUAUACUUCCGGAUAACGCUUUUGCCAGUCUGGCUUCUCUGCGGGAGCUGGAUCUCUCACACAACUUUCUCCGGGCUAAUUUUAAGGAACUUUUUCAUUUUGUUCCAAAAUUGAAACUCCUUCGGAUUUGCAACUGUGGCAUUAAAACUCUUCCUCAUCUACCAUUACCACACCUCACCACACUUGACCUGUCAAGAAAUGGACUGACAGAAAUCAGCAUCCAAAGCAUAGCGUCUCUGAAUAGACUACGCUCACUCGACUUGUCGAAUAAUCAACUUCAAAAUGCUGGAUUACCAAAUUGGACCCCACUUUCAAACCUAGCGAAGCUAAAAUUGUCCAAAAACCCAUUAAAAAGUUUAACACGUGACACUUUUUUCGGACUGAGAAGACUGGAGAGCUUGGAAAUGUUGGACCUGGACUUUGUGGAUCGAUUUGACUCUGAUGUGCUUUCCAACCUAUUGAACUUAAGGAAGCUUUCGGUUGAAACGUACCCCAACAUUGAGAAAUACCGUUUCAGAUUGGGAGCUGUUCUAUCCGGAAUUGAGAGCUUGGACGAACUUAACGUGCAAAUCAAAGAGUCGACCCUCUCGGACCAAUUAUUCGGCGGCAUUUUACCCGGUCUGAGAAAGUUAACGGUGACCGGGACCAACUUGCGACGAAUUGAGGAGCAGGCUUUCGAAGGUCUCCAGAACUGUCUUCAUACAGAGUUAACAAUUACUCGAACGUCGGUGGAAGAAAUCCCAGCAAGAAUAUUUGAACUACUCCUGAAUGCAGAAUGGGCCAAGCUGGACUUGUCUUUUAACAAAAUUUCUACUCUCAACUCUGCCAGUUUGUAUCCCAAUUCGUCAUUCUGGUUUUCCAAAGGAACCAAGCUCCUCCAAGGUGGGUUAAUCCUCACUGGAAAUGAUAUGCAAUGCGACUGCAAUUUAGUCUGGCUUGGUGACUGGCUUCGUCGCUGGUUACGUGAAUCGUAUGAAUCUCAUUCAGUCUUAAUUCCUGAGGCCCAUGCCAUGUACGACUUCAUCAGUGAGACCACUUGUCUCGACUCGAGAUCCGCCGACACCAAGAUUUCUCUCGUCCAGCUCUACCCCGACCACAUUUGUCAUGCUUCCGCCCUCUCGUCCGCUAAUUCAUCUCUUCCCAAACAUCUCAAUUUCAACACUUUCGUCAUCAUAGUCCUCGUCCUCCUUCUAUCUUGACAAAGUAGUGGACGGUUCUAGCAAAAGUUUGGAGUUAUCACUCUGUUCUCGGGAAUAAAGUGGUCUUUGUGGUUGGUGAAUCUGAAAUUCUGCUCAUUGUCUCUUAAGAUUAGUUUUGUAUACGGCGAAGUGAAAGUGGAUGAUAUGAAGUAUAUAAAUAGAUACAAAGAGAUUCAAUUAUUUUCAUGGUAUACGAAUUUAGGAUUAGUGCAUAUGUAUGCAGCUGCUAACAUUUUGAAUUAAAUAAAUGAGAUAAAAUAUUA